GUCUGUCUGUGCUUUCAGUAGGUCUGUCUGUGCUGUCGAACGUGCAUGGCCUUAGGCUACAUAAAGCAAUGCUUGAAUCAACGCAUUAUGGACUUCAUAAUCGGUCCACCACCGAUUGCGUCCAUCAGAGCACACUUGCAUAUAUAUUUCUCAAGUGACACGUGCACUCUUGACAUGGGUGUGUCCACUUGCCAGUGUCCCCCUUGCUGCAGUGCCUUCAUGACCGAAUCGACGCUUCUCGUGGCAUCGACCAGGUCAUUAAGCAGCAGCAACAACGUGAGACACAGACAGCGUGAGACACAGACACCUGAAGGGCAGAAGGUGAGUGUCAGGUGUCGGUCGACACACGAUCUGAGCAAGUCUCUCGAGUAUAUAUAUACACCAACAUGGCAACCGUAGAUGCGUCCAUGGCUUUUAAAACAUCCUUACACGUACGUCGUCGAAAAACGAGGCCCAUCGCUGGCUGAGGCUGAGUGCAAGAGGAAGGAAGGAAAAUGAGCCAUGCAGCCCCACUCACUCACUGGCAGGCUAUCGCAUCACAUCGCAUCACAUCACAUCACAUCACAUCAUGUCGAUCACAUCGAGAACGCCCCUCUAGUCAGUCAGUGAGUGCGUGAGCAUAUGUACAAGAUGCGUUUCGCACGGUGUCAUCAGAAAGGGGCCCGCCGCUCUCCCCCUUACAAUCCUCUCCUACCCCCCAGCCCCUAACCACUUGCCUGACCUACGCACCAGGUCUCGCUACACACACCACACCACCCCAUCCCACCCAUUGCCUGUCUGCCUACACCAGCGACACAGCCCCCUCCACACUGCCAUUUCUCGUCGGUACCCCGCUGCUGAUCGUGCUCGUACUGGCGGGCACGGCCUUGUGUGGCCGCGCCCCGUUGACCGCUGCCCCGCCCAUCUUGCCCUCCCCCAUAAAUGCAUCCAGAUCCGCCAUGGCUCGGUCGGGGUCGAAGUCGUCCCCCGCCGCUCCGUUGAUGGCGGCCCCGUCCAGCUGUGAUGUGCUGAAGAAGUCGUCGUCGAUGCCGUUCUCCAGCUCGUGGUCGUCCUCAUCGUGGAUGGCGAACAGCUGGGGGCCGCCUGCUCCUACUGCUGAUGACGUGUGGGUGUGGGUGUGGGUGUCGGUGUGGUUGGUGCUGGCGGUGGUGGUGGUGCCGUUGGCCAGCUGGUGGUUGAGUGACGUGUAGAAGGGAGGGGGCGGGGGUGGGGGCUGGUGCAGCAGGGGGAUCGGUGGCGAGAGGUCAGCACGCGCUGACGGCUCUAUCUCCUCCUCGGUGCCGUCGAUGAAGUCGGCCAGGUUGUUGGCUUCGGCAGCCAUGGGCACGACCUCUAUGUUGUGCGAGUGCGGGUCGCCCCCAUACAUGUAGGUGUGGGUGUCAUGGUGGGGGUAGAAGGGGUUGGGGGGAGGGGGCUGCUGCGGCUGCGGCUGCUCGUGCGCCUUGGCGCCUAUCACACCCUCACCUGAAUGAUACACACACACAGAUAGAUACACAUCUUAGAAACCUGCCAUUGCCUUGCUCUGCUGCCGUCCGUUGUGUGUCCUCACUCACCAAUAUCGUCAAGCUCCUCAUCAAACUCGUCGAGGAAGCCCCUCCUCGCCCCCCUGCUAUCGGGCCCCAUUCCCAGACCCCCCGUCACGUGCACACUACUGCUACGACUCGAUGACGCCGAUACGGCGUUGCCCGGCGGGUACGUCAGCACACCAGACGAGCUGCUCGCCGGAUGGUCUUGCGGGGCCGGGGCGGUCUCGGGCACUGGUGGGGUGUCGAUGCGCACAUGGAGGGCGUCUGCCCUUGUGUGGGCGUGGCUGUGCGUGUGGGUAGUAUGGGUGCCCUCCUCGACGCCCUUCCAGUCGUCGUCUGUGUGGGGUGGUUGUGUCUGGGCGGGCUGUGGGCUCUGCUGCUGUGCGGAUGUGGUGGGCUUGAGCUCUGUCUUGUGCUGGGAGGGCUUGGGUGGCCGGUUGGACGAGCGGCCGUGACGAGACUUGGACUGAACACAAAACAACAGAGAGAGUCAAGGGAGCGCGAGCCGACAGAUCUGUGUGUUUUGUUCCCUCCCUCCCUCCCUCCCUCUCUCCUUACGUGUGUCGGGCUGUCCGAGUCGCCUCGCUUGCCACCACCCUGGCGCCGCUGGCUCAUGUACGCCAAUAUCUCAUCCUGACACACACCACACCACCACACGAAUCGACACGUCGUCAGCACGCACACGAGAUCUGGUCUGUCCCUCCGUGACCCGUUCGUUCACUGACCUGCGACAGCGCCUUGGGCUCCUCCUCUCCCUCCGAGUCCAUGACCACCCCCAUGGCGCCCUCCCUACUCGACGACGACCCAGCAGAUCCUCCCGCGCGCAUCUGCAUCGGUCCGACAUGCGCCGCAUCGUCGGUGUGGGUGAGGAGGCCGUCGAUCUCGAAGUCUUCGUGCUUGUCGGUGUAGGGGUUGCUCUUCUGCCCGGUGAGUGCGCCGCAUGCGCCUCGCCGCCGUCCGGACAUGCCAUACACGCAGUUGCACAGGCCCUUCAGGCGAUGGUACAGGUACAGAAACAUGAUGAGGGAUGGAGUCGUGCUCAACGAAGACGCCGAAACAGACGCGAAUCAGUG